UACCCCAUACAGACACCAGUGGGACACUCUGGAAGCUUCAGGUUUCUCUUGUUGUUUGUCCAAACGUCUGUGUUUUCUUUGCCUUCCUCUUGUGGGGUGUUAUUGAGGGAUAUGUGAAUGAGACAGUCACUUGCUGUGCUCUUUAUAUUCUGAGAACUGUUAUGUUGUUCUGGGCGGUACGCUUUUUAAAGUAUCUUCAAGGCAACCAUAAAACAUGGAUCAGGUUUUUCAGUGUUCCAAGAGAACUUGCUGUUUUUUCAAUCAUUGUUUAUUCAGUUUUCUUUGCCUAUGGCUGGAAAAUCAGUGCACACAACACAAGCGUUAUACCUCGAGUAUUCCUAGGAACGUUUUAUGGAAUUGGGGUACUACUGUCUCUCUUUAUCAUGAAAGCCUUAACCCAAAAAGUAUUUCUGAUUAUCUUGGCACUUCUCUUCACUUCUUUUGCUCAAGAGGUUCAAAUACUAUUCUCAUUUGGACUUUUAAAUCUAGCCGUUCUCUCUGUGCCUGGGGUUCAGCUUCUACUGUUAUGUGUGUUUUGGUUUCUACGUCAAAAAAUAUUCAAAGUCUUACAGAGAAGAUGGAUAUUAUUUACAAUGACGCUUCUGGAUAUUCCUCUAUCAAUCUAUUUUCAUCUAGUCAUAUUGGAAAGGGCAAAAGAUUAUGUGGGAUGGAUCUCUGUCAUUUUAUUCAUCCAAGCCCUGAAGAUGAUUGUGCUCUUCGAAUGCAGUGUUCAUGCAAAAUUUUCAGGAGUGCAGAGACAACGGGACAAUGCAGAACAACGCAGAGCAAGCCUUGGUACUACAGAGAUGACAUGGCAUCUCUGCAGUGUCAUAAUGUACAUGUUUGGAGCAGUUGGUCUUGUUUUGCUGAAUUCUGCUGCGCUUAUGACAGAACUUGUUUUGAAAGCACGAAAUGGUGAACGUGUGAUGAAAGAUCUGAGAGUCAUCGUCUUUCCUUCUGAGUGUAUUUUUGCCUUAUUCCUGCUGGUUUUACAAAUGCAUGCUUUCUGGAAAGUUGAUAAGACUGAUGCACAUCAUAAUCAAAAUGACUUGCCUCAAAGACAUGGACGAGAUCUCGAGAACACACAAGCCCAUGAAAUGGAGACACUGUCUGCACCUGAUACUGGGGUUUCAAAGGCAUGUCAAUAAUGAACAGGCUGUUCCACAUCUAGUAAGAUACAUUUCCCAGGAGUGGCCUCCUUGAAGUGAAUCAGGACAAAUUGUACAUCUUUGUGUCAAGUGUGUUUGUUUACUGUUAUUUACAGCUUCUCAAACAAAUGUAAAUGGUUUCCAGUGUGAGAAACUGUAAAGUUUAGUCUAAAGCCCAUUUAUAAAAAGGAAUAUGGUACUAUGGCCCAAGGACAUUUCAUUUAGGAUAAUUGACUGUGAAAAGGGGCAAAGUAUACUGCACAAAAUUAAACCAUAAGGGUAGAGAAAACUAUUAAUGCACAGCAAUGAUUUUACUGUCUUAUGCAGAUGAUGAAUCUGCACAUCUGAAUGAGAAUUAAAAAGAGCCGUUAUAAGAAAAUUGGCUUUGUAUUGAAUAUUUUCAAAAAAUAACGGUAAGUCAAAGUGAAAUUAGCUUACAAUACAGUACGGUGGUUUGAUAUUAGUCAAGGAAUUACAUGCCCAAUUUUACAUAGGCAAAUAAAAGGUGUAAGAGAACUCCCAAUUCAAGAUAGACACAUCAAUUAUAGUCAUCUGGUGGAUGAGCUACAGGUGUUCCUACAUUAUGACCUUUAUGACUCUGUGGUAAGGCAUUGGGUUAGUAGAAUAAAAGGUCAUGGGUUUGAUUGUCAGGAAACACAGGUACUAAUAAAAUGCAUAGCUUGAAUGCACUGCAAGUUGCUUUGGAUACAAGUGUCUGCUAAAUGCAUAAAUGUAAAUAGUAAAUGACACAAGAGAUAAAAUGAGGUCAAUAAAGCAAUUGAAUGUAGAAUUUUUUUAUAUAUACAUUUCAAGUGAACGUUUGUCACUUUUUUAUUUUCGUGUCUCUUUUUGUCUAUUGAAAAACUUGAUAAAAAUAAUAUUGUUUCUCUAACUUUUAAUUUGCUUACUUUUAUUUACAGUUUCUAAAAUGUUAGAAGAAUAUUUAGUUUUGUAUAAAGUUUAAACUUUAUAAC